AUGAAGAUGAAUUCUGAAGCAUGGAAACCUUUUGUAGCAAUGGUGUUUAUUGAUUUCGCUUUCGCUGUCGUCAAUAUUCUUCUCAAGAAAGUCCUGCAAGAGGGCAUGAACCCUUUGGUUAUAAUCACAUACCGCUUGUCUGUUUCUUGCGUUUUCUUAGCACCAAUUGCUUUCUUCUGGGAAAGAAAUGGCCGGCCAAAACUCACUUUUCGAAUUUUAUGUUACCUCUUCCUCAGUGCAUUAUUUGGGACAUCACUCACACAGUACUUCUACCUUCUGGGAAUCCAAGACACCUCUGCUACUUUCGCAUGUGCCUUUAUUAACAUGGUUCCGGUGGUCACAUUCAUCAUGGCACUACCAUUUGGGUUAGAGACUGUGAACAUAAAAUGCAACAGAGGGAGAGCAAAGAUACUUGGCACAGUGGUGUGCAUUGGAGGAGCAUUGUUAUUGACACUGUACAAAGGAAAGCCCUUGUUCAAUUAUUCUCAAAGUGAGGCAGCAGCUGCAAGUCAUAUGGUUUCUGCAGUGAAGCAGAAUUCUGCUCCGAGGAACACAGAGAGAUGGACCACUGGUGUGAUAGCUCUGAUUGUGGGGACACUGUUUUGGUCCUCUUGGUUUCUCUUGCAAUCAAAAAUAGGAAAGAAGUACCCCUGCCAAUAUUCUAGCACAGCCAUCAUGACCUUCUUUGGGGCCAUCCAAUCUGCUGUUCUUAGCCUGUCCACUUCCCAGCACUCGUCCGUAUGGAUUCUAAAGGGAAACAUGCAAAUACUCACUGUUGUGUUUUCUGGGAUGGUAGGAUCUGGUUUGUGUUUUGUGGGGCUGUCAUGGUGUGUGAAGAAAAAGGGUCCUGUGUUCACUGCAUCAUUUAGCCCUCUUGUUCAGAUAAUGGCAGCCAUGAUUGACAUUCCUAUCUUGCACGAGCCCCUUCAUGUUGGAAGUUUGAUGGGAUCCAUAUUGGUGAUGGGGGGAUUGUACAUUCUGCUCUGGGGUAAGAACAUGGAAAAGCAAAAUCACGAGAAUAUGACUAAGCCAUGCCAACAAGAUGGAGAAAUCAUGGGACAAGAACCUCAAAUGCAACACAUCGUAGUCUCCAGUGAUUGA